AUAGAAUCUUCCUCUGGACGUGGAUACCGAACUUCGAAGUCAUAGCAUGAAUUCAGUGCCGUCUACUUCCGAGUCCUGGGAUUUUCCGAUCGGCCCUUACCAGUAAAUCCCACCAGACGCGCUGUGGAUCGAGUUACAGUCCGACAUCUAAUACGUCCUACAGGCCUUUAUGGGGGGCACAAGUCCCAUUGGUCGAUCCCGUGGUAAUGCUGUUCAUCUGCAUACCGGCACUGGCGGAAUCGUCCCUUUGCAGAAUGUGACAAUCCUUGUAUUUGCUCUCAUUUUUUCCCUGCUUUUUAUUAUCGCUUUGUCGUGUUCGUUCCUCGGUGCCGAUGAAGAAGAUGAUCCCCCUUUCAAGAGCAUGCUGAAUGACAUCGCAACGAAUGAUCCAGGCGUUGUCCUGUUGGGUGAAAAUGUCGACGUUGACAUUGACGAGCCCUCCGUCACCGUGUCGUGGUCCCUCGUUGCAUGUGGAGACAGCUUUGAACUCGACGGAAGCUCUGGUAUCCAUGAGAGUCAAUGUGGACUGCCCUCGAUGGCUCUCUGGAUUUAUGCCGAUAAUUCUCCUGAACCUGCAGCUAUAUAUGAUCCUGCCACAAUUCCGUUCGUUCGUAAAACGGGUAAGCGGCACAGAAUCGAGAACCUCGUUCGAUUCGACUGCGAUUAUACCCUUGAUGUCCACAAGGCUCGCUUGUACCCAUUUGAUACCUAUCUUCUCGCCAGCACUCUGCGGGCCGUCAAUGCUUCAAACACGACGGUUCCCAUUCGGAAACUCUCCACAAUCGAACAAGUAACCAGUUUUCUCGUCGCAAUCAGUGACUUCCUACUCGCGACUUUCGAUUUAUAUGUGACGAGGCCUGGACAAUUACGGUUCUAUACUUUGUUACUUUUUGGCAUCAACUGGAUGCUGUCUCACAUCACCGUUGGACAUGUUAUAUUGGCACGCAGACUAGUCGAUAUCAGGUCCAUGACCAAGCAUCUGGUGUCUGCCUUUGCUAUCCUUCUCGUCAUCCCGCAGCUGAGGAAUUCGAUGCCAGAUUCUCCGGAUUUGGAUGACGACUACAUUGGUUUCAUCCCGCAGAUGAUCAUUUCCGCUUCAUGUGUCCUCACCAUAUUACUCCUCAUAAUGCUGCGCGAGUACGAUGAAAUGGAGGGCAAACAGACUCCCCGCCAGAUCACGCGGCGGCCAUCGCUGACUCCGCCCCCACGACCGCCACCGCCGCGCACUCCCAAGGUACCCUUCCUCCUCGGAGCCACAGUGCGCACCCGGUCGGUCGCCAUGGAACGUGGGGAGGCAACCUGCUUGAAAGACGAGCUCAACACAAGUUUCGUUUUUCCUCCAAUAUCACAUGCAAAUGGUAUCAUUCACCACCGCUCUCGUUCUUCGCGAUCCCGCUUAGGCACAACGGGGCUAGGAGGACCGUUCGAAAGUGUUUCGGGGUCCAACUCGUCUAGGUCACCUACACUUAAGUCUCUCAAGGAGUGACGACUAAACCUAUCCCUUGCUUUCGAUUGGACUAUCCUGGCAGUGUACUUGAGGCAAUUGGGAUAUGUAACCAUAUGUAGUACGAAUGUAGGAGUAAGGGCGUUACACAUUGACACAGUCGCAGCCUUCUAUUCGGACCAUUUCGUUAGAUGUUGCGUUAAUACUUAUAAAUCAUAUUCUCAGUGUCACCGGCGUUCUGUGUUACGUUCUUGAAACGUGCUUUGUGGAGCCCCGAUGCCUGUGCAACAUCAUGCAAUAAAAUGUUUUUGCAA